UAUAUAAGAACAUGAACCAUCAGUAUAUAGUUAGUUCAAAACAUCAAGCACAAAACUGAAUAGACGAGUAAAAUCGAUAGUGAGUAGAUUUGAUAGAAAUAAUCAAUUACAUAUUGGUAACGUUGCAGAUAAAAAAGCAUUUUAAAAUGUUAUUUUUCCAUAAAAUGUGUACGAGCAAAGCACGUCUUGACGGCAAAAUUGUUGUGAUAACGGGGGCAAGUGAUGGUAUCGGCAAAGAAACUGCCAGAGAUUUAUACGCGAGAGGUGCUAGGGUAAUUCUGGCUUGUAGAAAUAUGGAAAAGACAUAUAAAGCAGUUGAAGAUAUAAAGAAUAAUCCACCUUCAUGGAUCACAAAGGAUGAAUAUAAGAAUAAUGUAGGCGAGCUUGCGAUUUAUUUUUUGGAUCUAAGUAGUUUGAAGAGUGUAAAAAAGUGCGCUAAAAACUUGUUGACAAACGAAGCAGCUAUUCACGUACUUAUAAAUAAUGCAGGUGUGGCUGCGUAUCCGUACGAAAAAACAGAAGAUGGAAAUCAAAUGACAAUACAAGUCAACCAUCUUAGCCAUUUUCUUUUGACACUUUUACUUUUGCCAAAAAUGCAAUUGUCUUCUCCCGACUGCAGAAUAGUCAACGUUUCAUCAGUUUUUCAUUUUAUUGGCGACACAGAUACCGAUAAUAUUAAUUUGGAGACACAAUCUUCUUUUUAUACACAAUUUUUUUCUUCUUAUAAAAUAAUAAAAUUAUAUGCACGAACCAAACUAGCAAACAUUCUUUUCACUAAAGAACUUGCUCGUCGAUUAAGAGAUGCAAAUAUUCAUGGAAUAAACGUAUAUUCUUUACAUCCUGGUGCUAUAUUGACUAAUAUAUGGCAGAAUAUGCAUAAUAUACCAUUUAUAGGUACAGUUCUUAAAUUUAUUUUUAAGUUGUUUUAUAAAAAUGUUGAAGAGGGAGCGCAAACAACAAUAUACUGUUCGUUGGAUGAAAAGACAUCCAACGAGACCGGACUUUAUUAUUCAAAUUGCGCUAUUGCAACUGCAUCUCAAAAAGCAAAUAAUCAUCGAGAUGCUGAAAAAUUGUGGAAUAUAUCCUGUCGUCUUUUACAUUUGGAACCAGAAGAAAAUUUUACCACGUUUUUGGAAACUGUUUCACAUCAAAUGCUUUAGAUUUUAUUAAUUCUAUUUAUAUUAAUAUCUUAUAAUACUAAACAAACAAUGAAUAAUGUUUUUACUUUACCGAGUUUUCUUCAGCGUAAAUAUUAACUCAAACUUCAUUCAUAUUAAUGACAUUGUGCAUAUAAUAUUAUAAAAAAACGCGUAACUCGUGUAAUACUGUCAUCAAUAAAUUAAUGGAACAAAUGUAUUUUUAAAACAAAAAAAUUAUUAAAAAAAAAUAUUAAAAAAUUGUGUAUAUUAUAGUAAAUCAGCAGGAAACGUAAUGCGCAAUUCAUAUAAUCAACGUAUUAACAUUAUAAUUUCCUAAUUAAUAUAAGUAACAAUUUACAUAAUUAACAUCUUGAUAUACAUUAAUAUUAAGUUUUGUACUAAGUUAUAUAUACUUUUUUAUAUUUCUUUUUAUUUUUGCACAUUGUAAGAGAAAAUCUUGAAUUUGAUUAUCUUAUUAUAAAACAACCAUAAUUGUAAAACGUAACCGUAUAUGAAAUAAAAGAUAAAAUAACUUUUUAUAACCAAUAAUUAAAACCAAGAAUACACAAACUUUAAAGUCGACACACUGGGAAAAUCUUUAUUCAGUUUCCAGUCACAGGUGAUUGGAAACUGGAUAAAGAUUUUGCUAGUAUAGUGUGUCGACGUUAAAGUUUGUGUAUUCUUCAUAUAUAUAUAUAUAUAUAUAAAUUUAAGUAUAUUUUGCUUGUACACUUUUCUCAAGCUCAGGGUUAGCUGGAAAAUUCCAGUGGGUGGAAAAAACCAUGGUAAAUUCCGGUUUUUACCAUCCCGGACUUUAUCCAAGUGGAAUAAACUGGCAAAAACUAAAAUAAUAAAUAUGUGACACCGACGAAUCGGUAUCACGUCUUUUCUCUCAUUA